AAUUGAUAAGUUUUUUUUUUUAUAAAUUAUCAUAGUGACCUUUUGUUUGUGCCUUCAAUUUUAGAAAAAAAAGAUUAGGGUUGAUAUACAAUUAAUUGACUAAUUAAUUACUGUUGUUCUCUACGCUCUCAAAUAAGAGGGUAGUGAUUCGACUAGACAACUUUGAGCUAUGUUGUGCUGUGGAGGUGCAGAAGAGGAUUUUAACGGUUUAGCUGCAAACCAUUAUAGUGCAGCAGCAAUCGGAGCUAACGCGUACGGUGCUGCUGGUGGUGGUGGUGGAGGUGGUGAUAGAGGAGAGCCAAGGAGCAAUAUUGUGAAGAGUGGUGGUCCUCAGAAAGCAUUAGAAAUUGAGAUACCCGAAUUUAAGUUGAACGAGUUAAAGCGGUUAACAGAGAACUUUGGAACAAAAGCACUGAUUGGGGAAGGUUCCUAUGGGAGGGUUUUCCGUGCAAAGAUGAGCGACGGUGUUGAGGCUGCAAUUAAGAAGCUGGAUACGAGUUCUUCACCAGAAGUUGACUCCGAUUUUGAAUCACAGUUAGCAAUUGUUUCGAGAUUGAAGAAUGAACAUUUCGUCGCUUUGAUGGGAUAUUGUCUUGAGGCAAAUAACAGAAUUUUGGUUUAUGAAUAUGCAAGUCUUGGUUCUUUGCACGACACAUUACACGGAAGGAAAGGAGUUCAAGGGGCAGAACCUGGUCCGGUUUUAAAUUGGAACGAGAGAGUAAAAAUUGCGUUUGGUGCAGCCAAAGGACUUGAGUUUCUUCAUGAGAAAGUUCAACCUUCUAUAGUUCAUAGAGAUGUAAGAUCCAGCAAUGUCUUGUUGUUCAAUGAUUAUGAGGCUAAGGUUGCAGAUUUCAACUUGACAAAUCAGUCUUCGGACACCGCAGCACGGCUACAUUCAACAAGAGUCUUGGGAACAUUUGGCUAUCAUGCUCCAGAGUAUGCGAUGACAGGACAAAUAACCCAAAAAAGCGAUGUAUACAGUUUUGGUGUUGUGCUUUUAGAACUCUUGACAGGAAGAAAGCCAGUGGAUCAUACAAUGCCUAAAGGGCAACAAAGUCUUGUAACUUGGGCGACUCCAAGACUAAGUGAAGACAAAGUGAAACAAUGUGUUGAUCCUAAACUAAACAACGAGUAUCCGCCAAAAGCAAUCGCUAAGUUGGCAGCAGUUGCAGCACUUUGUGUUCAGUAUGAAGCAGAUUUCAGGCCAAACAUGACAAUUGUUGUUAAAGCUCUUCAGCCACUUCUCAAUUCGAAACCGGCUGGACCUAGCUCUAAUGCUUGACAUAGUGACCAAGUUUUUGUGCAAUUAAUCUGCAACAAAAUGAAUUUGUUCCUAAUUUUUUUGUUCUAGAUAUUGUACUAAACCAAGUUGAUUCAGGCUUCUUGAUCUACUGUUUAACUGGGAAAAUAUUGUGUGCAUAAUUUAUGAACAGAUCAUAAUUUUUGUACUUAAAAAAUGAAGAAAAAAAAUCAAAGGUAUAUAUACAUAUAAGCAAAA